CCCGUUUCCCAACAGAGAAACCACAGUCAGUCACCUAACGACAGAGAAAAAGACAUCAUCUGGAACAAGCUUGUCAUGGGUCGACUGACGAUGAUGUUUGCGAAUUGUGACAUAACGAAUCCGUACUCUCAGAGCAACUCUAACCUAGUAGAUGUGUAUAUAUAAUAACAUAAGGAGAGUAGAUGAUGCACUCUUUUACGUCUCCACAACAUAUACAAAUUUUAUACCUGUAGUUUCGCCACAACAGCAGCAACAACAAACUCACCACAUCCACUAUGUCUGACCAAUACUCUGCCGCAUCCGCCUCUAGCCUUUCCCUCACACAAAAGCUUACAGACCUGAGGUCUCUCCUUUCUACCCAAAAGACUGUCAUGCUUGUUACCCAUGCCCCUAAUGGCCGUUUGCAUGGACGUGUAAUGGCUAUAGCUGAGAUCACCAAGGACUGGAAGUUCUUCUUCAUUUAUGACCGAGAGAGCUACAAGGAACAGGAAGUUGACAACGACUUCCAUGUUAACAUCAGUGUCGACGCUAUGGCUUAUAACAAGGGUUGGGCUUCUAUCGCCGGUAAGGCCAAGAGAAAUGACUCCCCAGAGGUCAUUCAAAGGCUGUACAACCCUACUGUCAAGGCGUGGUUUGCCGACAAGGGCGAUGGAGUCCACGAUGGUUCUGCCAACGACCCUCGUGUGGCUGUGCUUGAGGUCUCCAUUGAAGAAGUCAGGCACUACCACCAGGAGAAGACUGUUAUUGGCACGGUCAUUGACGUAGUCGCCUCUGCAGUCAAAGGCGAGACCGCCACACCAGGAGACAUCAGGCAAAUUUCUGGCGAAGAGAUUAGCAGCGCUUGGGCCAGGGGAGAGCUGAAGGAGCCUUAAAUGUUGUAUAGUAUCAGAAGUCAAGAAGUUAACAUCGAUGCAUGAAUCGCAUAUAGCCA